AUGAUCACCGCCGUCGAGAUCCAACGGGCCAUGGGGCUAGCCACCGUGUUGGCCAUCGGAACAUCCAAUCCUCCCAAUUGUUUUGAUCAAAGCGCUUAUCCUGACUAUUAUUUUCGUGUCACUAAUAGUGAGCAUAAAAUUGAACUUAAACAAAAGUUUAAGCGCAUGUGUGACAGAUCAAUGAUUAAAAAGAGAUAUUUUCACUUAACAGAGGAAAUCUUGAAAAAAAAUCCUAAUUUAUGUAAAUAUAAAACACCUUCUUUCAAUGUUAGACAAGAAAUUGCGAUUGUUGAGGUUCCAAAACUUGGGAAGGAAGCAGCUGAAAAGGCGAUCAAUGAAUGGGGCCAGUCUAAGUCAAAAAUUACUCAUUUGGUCUUUUGUACCACUAGUGGUGUGGAUGUGCCUGGGGCAGAUUACCAACUCACUAAGCUUCUUGGACUUGACCUAUCAGUCAAGCGAUUCAUGAUGUACCAACAAGGUUGUUCUGCUGGGGGCACUAUUCUUCGAUUGGCUAAGGACUUAGCUGAAAAUAACAAGGGUGCUCGAGUCCUUGUUGUUUGUUCAGAAAUUAAUUUGCUAUGCUUCCAUGCACCAAGUGAAACCGAGAUUGACGUUUUGAUUGGGCAAGCCUUAUUCAGUGAUGGGGCAUCAGCUGUCAUUGUUGGUUCAGAUCCAAUCAUGAAUGUGGAGAGGCCUUUGUUUGAGCUUGUAUUUGCAACACAAAAUCUUCUUCCAGAUAGUGGACAUGCAAUUAUUGGUAACCUUAAUGAGGCUGGGCUGAUAGCUAAAAUACAUAAGGAUACUCCAAUGCUGAUUUCAAAAAAUAUUGAAAGGAUCCUAGUUGAAGCAUUUCAACCUCUUGGCAUUUCUGAUUGGAACUCAAUCUUUUGGGUAUCUCAUGCAGGCGGACGCGCAAUUUUGGAUCAAAUUGAAUUAAAAUUGGGCUUAAGGCCUGAAAAACUUAAGGCUACAAGAAAUAUCAUGAGGAAUUAUGGGAACAUGGGCAGUGUUAGUGUUUUGUUUGUGUUGGACGAGAUGAGGAAAGCCUCUAUCAGAGCAAAAUUAGGCACCACUGGAGAAGGCCUUGUCUGGGGAGUACUUUUGGGUUUUGGGCCUGGGUUAACUAUUGAGGCAAUUGUCCUCCGUAGUGUAUCCAUUUAG